GAGUUCUCUUUCCUUUUCCUUUUUUCCUUCUAAUCUUUCCGAUACCAAUUCUUUCCUUGUGCUUGAGAAUGGAAGAAACUGCUUGGAAUGCUGUUUUAGAAGCUGGAAAGUGCUUAAGUGCUCCGAUUGGCCGUCAGUUUAUGUACUUGUACAACUACAAAACCAACUUUGACAAUCUUGAAAAAGAAGCUGGAAGGCUGAAGGAUGCAAGAGAUGAGGUGAAGGCUAAGGUUGUCGCUGCUGAUAAUAAUGUAGAAAAGAUCAAACAGACUGUUAAGGACUAGCAGGGGAAAGUGGAUUCCAUCAUCGAAGAAACGGACAAGUUGAUUCAAGAGAAAUCAAACAGCAGUUGUUUCAACUUGAUCACUUGCUACAAAAAUGGCAGGAAAGCAUGGAAAAAUCUGAACGCUGCAACUGAGCUUCUUCAGGGGAAAGAAACAUUUGCUGAAGUUUCACUUCCUACCACUCAUGAAGUCAUUCGGCUCACUAACAAAGAUUAUGAGGAAUUUGAAUCAAGAAGGUCAGUUUUCAACGAUGUGCUGAAGUCGUUAGAUGAUCCUGAGGUUGGAAUUAUUGGGGUUUAUGGAAUGGGUGGAAUUGGUAAAACCACACUGGUCAAAGAAGUUGGUCAUCAAGCCAAGAAAAACCAGAUCUUGGAUGAGGUGGUUUUAGUAGAGGUAUCUGAUAAACCAGAUACUAAAAAGAUUCAAGAUGAACUUGCGCAGCAGUUAGGUUUGGAAUUUAAGAAGGAGGCUGAACGAGCGAGCAAGUUGUAUGCGAGACUGAAGAAUGAUAAGAAAGUGCUUGUAAUUUUAGAUAAUAUAUGGGAACAAUUAGAUUUGGAAGCUCUUGGUAUUCCUUGUGGAGAUGACUUUGGGGGAUGUAAAUUAUUGCUGACAGCAAGAGAUCUUAAUGUAUUAUGGAGUAUGGAUUCUAAGAAUAAUUUCUCGAUGGGUGUCUUAAAGGAAGAAGAAGCUUGGAGCUUGUUUAAGAAGAUGGCAGGUGAUGUGGUUGAUCAAACAAAUAAGCUGAAUUUUCUACCGAAUGAUGUAUGUAAUGAAUGUCGGGGUUUGCCAAUUGUCAUUACUACCAUAGCAAGAGCAUUAAGAAACAUGAGACAUCAAUUUCAAUGGAAAGAUGCCCUGCGAGAACUAAGAAAACCUUCUCCAACAAAGUUUGCAGGCUUGCUAGAAAAAGAAUACACAAAGAUAGCAUUGAGUUACAAUUAUCUAAAACGUGACGAGCUCAAGAAAACUUUGCUAAUUUGUAGCCUAAUGGUAAAUGAUACUACCAUUUCAUACUUGUUCAAACUCAUUAUGGGUUUAAAUAUAUUGGAAGGAGCUAACUUUACUUUGGAAGAAGCACGAAAUAAGUUGGAAAGUCUUGUCUGUGAACUCAAGGAUUCUUGUUUGUUGCUUGAUGGUUCAACUAGUGAACGGUUUUCAAUGCAUGAUGUUAUUCGUUCAGUUGUCAUAACAAUUGCAUAUAAAGAUCAUCACAUAUUUACAGAGCGAAAUGACAUGGUGAUGGAAUGGUUAGAUAAAGAGCAGUUGAAAAAAUGCACUAAAAUCUCACUAGUUGAUUGUAAUAUGAUUAGUGAGAUUUGGUCUCAAGGUUUGAAUUAUCCAAAACUUGAAUUUUUUUGUACGAGGAUGAAGAGUUCUUUUGAAAUCCCUGAAGAUUUUUUUGCGGGGAUGGGAAACCUCAAGGUUCUAAGUUUCUUUGACCUGAAGGUAUUAUCCUUGCCAACAUCUCUUGCUUUUCUCAUAAAUCUUCAAACAUUAUGUUUGAACUAUGGCACAUUUUCAGAUAUAACAAUCAUUGGAGAGUUGAGAAAACUAAAGAUUCUUUGCUUACGAGGUUGUAUGAUCCAACAGUUGACUGGAGAAAUAAGUAAAUUAACUCAAUUAAAGUUAUUAGAUUUAAGUUAUUGUUUUAAACUAGAAGUUAUAGUACCAAAUGUUAUAUCAAGCUUAUUCCGAUUGGAAGAAUUGUAUAUGAGAGGAUGCUCUAUUUCAUGGAAGCUUGAAAUACUUGAGGAGUUAAAGCAUUUGUCUCAAUUGACAACUUUAGAAAUAGAUAUUUCAGAUGAUCAAAUUUUGCCAAAAGACUUUUUCUCAAAAAGGUUGGAAAGGUACUAUAUAUCAAUUGGAAAUAGGGCUACUGAGUUUGGUGGGAGCUGCAUAAAUGGUGAUCAUGGAGAGUCCAUGGGUGUUGAAAGCUGGUUCUUAAAUGAGCCUGCCACUUUAAGAACGGUGAAACUAAAUCUUAAUUCUAUCACCUGGCAUGAGGAAUUGCAGUGCUUCUCGAAUGUUGAAUUCUUAUGCUUAGACAAAUUGCAAGGUAUCAAGAAUGAUCUCUCCGAAUUAGACAAGAAGUGUUUUUCUCAAUUAAAAUAUAUCCGUGUGCAUAAUAAUCCUAACAUCUUGUGCAUUGUUGACUCAACAAAGUGCAUACCUCAUGAUGUCUUUCCACUUCUGCAGUCUCUCAUUUUUUUCAACUUGAUUAACUUGGAAAAGAUAUGUUAUGGUCUACCCUCAACAAAGUCUUUUUACUACUUAAAAUUUAUAGAAGUGAAAAGUUGUGAUAAGUUGGAAAAUAUCUUCUCAUUCUCCAAUGCUAGCAGAAGCCUUCCGCAACUUCAAAGAAUUAGGGUGGAAGAUUGCAAGAAUUUGACUGAGAUUUUUGCUUUUGAAAGUAAAAAUAGAGCAAGCAAGAAUGAAGUAAUUGACAAGAUUGAAUUUUGUCAAUUACGUUUCUUGACUUUGAUUAAUCUUCCAAAGAUUGCGAGUUUCUACUCCGAUGCAAAUACAUUUUUCAAUGAUAUCAAUUCCGAGGAUGAGAAAAUUGAUACAGUCAUGCCAUUUUUCAACAAAAAGGUUGUUUUCCCUAGUUUGGAAGCCUUAAACCUUGGAGCAUUUAAUUCUGAGAAGAUUUGGAGCAACAAACUUCCAACAACCUCUUGUUGCUAUCAGAAUUUGAAAAGAUUGAUUGUGGAUAGCUGUCAAAAACUAAAAUUUGUAUUUCCAUUGUCUAUAAUCAAAAGCUUUGAGCAACUUCAACACCUUGAGAUAAACUAUUGUAAGGAAUUAAAGAAGAUUGUUGCCAAAGAAGAAACAGAGGGUACUACUACAUUUAUUUUUCCAAGGGUAGCCUUUUUGAAACUCAAUGAAUUGCCAAAGCUUGCAACUUUCUAUCAUGGUAAACACAAUUCAAACUGGCCCAUGUUAAAGGAGUUGGAAGUGUGUAAUUGUGACAAACAAGACAUAUUUACCUCAGAAUAUAAGGUAUGAGUCUUAUUUACAUAUUUUUCAUCCAUCCACAAAAGACAGUUUUAAUUAUGAUUUUACAUCAUCACAUUAUUCACAAAAUUAUAAUUCUGU